AUGAAAUCAAUUUCUCUCUGUCUGCGAAGACUCAGCCUAGAGUAUCUCAAUACGGCGACGGCGGCCGCUUGCAGCAACGAACCACUAAUAUUCAACUUCGGAGAUUCCAACAGCGACACAGGCGGCGCUUCUGUUCUUGGAGGGAAGCCGCUCGAGUUCCCGGAGGGGCGAACAUUCUUUCACGAGCCAACCGGCCGUGUAAGCAAUGGUCGCCUCAUCCUCGACUUUUUAUGCGAGAGUCUGGAGACGAAGUUCUUGACCCCAUAUCUGGAGCUCUUCACUCCGGAUUUCUCAAACGGCGUCAACUUCGCCUUGGCCGGCGCCGACUCCCGCGUGGGAAUAAGCAUCCCUCCAAAUGCGUUCACGCUGGGCAACCAAUUUGCCGAACUCAGUCGCUUCCAAAACGUCUCCAUUCGCCGUGGCUCUCUUGAUGCAGGGCAGGUGAAAUCUGCUCUCUUCAUGUUGGAUAUCGGCCAAAACGAUCUCCAAUUCGACAGCGAUAACCUAACUCCCCAAGAAGUGCUCGAGAGAGUCCCCAUAGUCGCCUCCAACAUUAGGGAUACUAUGCAGAAGCUAUACCAGCUGGGUGGGAGAAAUUUCUGGGUGCACAACACGGGGCCGUUGGGCUGUUUGCCUUCCAACGUAGCCCGCAUAAAUGCAUCCACGGCGGUCGACGAGUACGGCUGCGUUUCCGACAGGAACAAAGCAGCUGCCGCCUUCAACUUGUUGAGUAUCGACCCUCGUCGUCGUUGUUGA